GGGCCUUAACAUGUGAGCCCAUCCCUUGCCUAUCAACCCCUCAAACCAACAACUUGAUGUUCUCUCGGUCCACAACUACCGCAGACAAGCUUGCACGUCCUACAUGGAGAGCAAGGUUGGCACCAUCUCAUUCCUUAAGAUGCCCUCCGUGCAAAAACAGCGGUGGGACGAGCACGCCUGGUACGUAUUAGUGAUGCAGUUCGACCUCUCCAAAGCGCCAGACGACGACCUGACGCGUGAUGAGCUUGUCCGGUGGGUUGUCGAGAAUCGCGGGCUCAAGGAAGUGGACAUCCCGCGGCCAACAGGUCUGUUGAAUGAGAUACCGCUGUUCCUGCAUCCGCAUGAGGCGAUCCCGAGAUUCGGGAGCAAGCUGUGGUGCGGGCACGAAGGACGGCUGAGUUUUCAAUGGUCGAGACCUUCUAUCAGCGCGUCAUUAAGUUGCCCGUGUGGGUGAUGGAUGGUGAAAAGCCCAUCGUCGAGCACUAUGUGAGGGAGUUCUUGGCGGUUGCGGACGGGAUUAUGGGAGGCUCAUUUACGGUAACGAUCAAGGAGGUUCGCAAAACUGGCGGCAACAACCUCAUUCAAGCCAGGUUAUAGUUGGGUACGGUUGAAGCACACGAG